AUGGGUAAUAUUCAUCCUCUUUUUUGGGGUCAUGUCUACGGCACCGGUUCAACAAUUGGAGCUCUAGCCGAAUUUAUAACUGGAACAAUGAAUACAAUGUCUUGGGGUGGUCAACAGGCAAGUAUCUAUUUAGAACGUAAAGUCUUGUCGUGGCUCAAUCUAUUGCUGGGUUUUCCGAAUGAUGAGACAAGUUCGGGCAUUCUCGUCAGUGGUACAUCAGUGGCUACAAUCAUUGCUUUGGCAGUGGCCAGAAAAAAAUUUCAUCAACGAACUAUGGUUAUCUACUGUUCGAAAGAUACGCACAGUUGUAUUGUCCGAGCUGCCAAUCUACUCGGUAUCAAUAAAGAAAAUAUUGUUUAUGUUUUGACAAAUGAACAACGACAAAUUGAUGUGCAGGCAUUAGAGGCGUGCAUCGAUCCGAACGCAUGUGGCUUUAUUGUUGGCUCGGCCGGUACAGUCGGGACUGGAGCCAUUGAUGAUCUACAAGGUUUAGCCGAUAUUUGUGCUCGUCGUCCGAAUGAUCUCUGGUUUCAUGUUGAUGGUGCUAUUGGUGCAGUUGCAUGUUGUUCACGACGCCUUCGACCAUUGUUCACCGGCUUGGAACGAGCCGAUUCGAUCGCAUUUGAUCUGCAUAAGUGGCUUUUUGUUCCAUACGAAUGCGGUUGUAUUCUUGUGCGCGAUGGUCAAUUACAUCGUUCGACAUUUGCUCAACCGACAGUAUCCUAUUUGACAUUGAUGGACGGCGGUAUAACACCGAGUGAAGGCGAACAUUUUUUCAGUGAUUAUGGUCUUGAACUUUCACGCAAUACGAAAGCCUUAAAAGUUUGGAUGACAUUGAAAACGUAUGGAAUCGAACGAUUCGGACGUAUUAUGGAACAAAAUGUUGAUCAAGCAUUUUAUUUUGCUCAUCUAAUCGAACAGCAUUCGAAUCAAUUCGAAUUAUUGGCCAAAGUAACAUUAAAUAUUGUUUGUUUUCGUUAUAUUGUGUGUCAGUCGAAUACAAUCGACCAACACGACAUGUUAAACAAAUUUAAUAAACGUUUAUUGAUAAUGAUACAAGAACGAGGCAUUGCCAUUGUUUCACCAUUUGUCAUUGGUACGAAUACAUUCGCUUUGAGGAUGUGUAUUACGAAUCAUCGAACGAGACUCACGGACAUGGACAAAUUCCUCGAACAAGUGAUUCAACUCGCUCGUGAACUACUCGAUACGAACGAAUUUGCCAUUCUGAAGACAAUUUAA